AUGGAUCCAAGCAAUCUUCGUAGCCAGUUCUCUAGCUACGUAGGACUGCUUCACAGUCAACAAGGUAGCGUUUUCCAUGAAAACUUUCCUUAUGAAAGUUUUCAUUCUAGUGUUAACUUUGGAGAAUCACAGACUUUUCCGGCUUUCAGUUCACAACAAUCUCAAGACGCACCAGUACAGACACCAGCAGCCCGUGUUGUAAGACGCAAAUGGAAUCCAGCAGAUGACGAAGUGCUGAUCAGAGUGUGGCUUAACACUUCCAAGGAUGCUAUUGUUGCAAAUGAGCAGAGAAUCAAUGAAGAUGUUAACAAGUUCUGUGCCGCAUACUCGGCAGCAGAGCGACAAAUGAGCAGUGGUGAGACUGACACUGACGUUCUGAAGAAGGCGCAUGACAUUUUCUUCUCUGAUCAAGAGCACAAGUUCACACUAAAACAUGCUUGGUGUGUGUUGAGGUAUGAACAUAAGUGGCUCAGCCUUAACACACCCACGGCUGGUGGCGUUUCAAAGAGGAAGAAUGUGGAGAUAAAUUCCCAAACUUCUACCAACGAAGGCUUCGUUGAUGUUGAGAGCAGGCCCGAAGGUGUCAAGGCUGCUAAGGCUAAAAGAAAUACGGGUAAAGGGAAGUCCUUGGCUGAGAUUGCGACCGUUUGGGAAAAGAAGAAGGACGAUUUGGUGAGGAAGGAGAGACUGUCGAGGCUAGCAAUACUAGACACUCUCCUUGCCAAGACUCAACCAUUGAGUGAGGUGGAAGAAGCUGUGAACAAUAAGCUCUUAGCCGAGUUAUUCUGA